AACUCCAGACGAUUCAAAGGGGGAAACUUCGGCGUGAAGUGCAGCUCCGCUCCGGCUCCUUCCAGCUUUCUUUCCUUCUCUGGAAUCCGAGGCGCGGAUCUUCCUCGCCCCACCGCCCUAGUUUUUUCGGAAGCUCGCCGGUGCCCUCUAGGGUGUCGGCUUGUGCUGGGAGGUGCCCUCCAUCCUGGUAAUGGGGGGCGGCGAGGCACCGUAGGAGUGGCGAGGCGGCGCCCAGGGUGGCACUGCCCCGGAACGGGGCGCUGGGUGUGCGCGGGAGGGUCCCCGCGCUGGCUCCGCUGCUUCCGCAGCUGCGAGCGCGCCGCGCCACCAAGCCUCCUGCAGCAAUGGCUCGUCCGUGAAACGCGAGCCACGGCUGCUCCUUUUAAGAGUGCCUGCAUCCUCCGUUUGCGCUUCGCAACUGUCCUGGGUGAAAAUGGCUGUCUAGACUAAAAUGUGGCAGAAGGGACCAAGCAGUGGAUAUUGAGCCUGUGAAGUCCAACUCUUAAGCUCCGACACCUGGGGGACUGAGAGCCCAGCUCUGAAAAGUGCAUCAUGAAUUCUGGAGUUGCCAUGAAAUAUGGAAACGACUCCUCGGCCGAGCUGAGUGAGCUCCAUUCAGCAGCCCUGGCAUCACUAAAGGGAGAUAUAGUGGAACUUAAUAAACGUCUCCAGCAAACAGAGAGGGAACGGGACCUUCUGGAAAAGAAAUUGGCCAAGGCACAGUGCGAGCAGUCCCACCUCAUGAGAGAGCAUGAGGAUGUCCAGGAGCGAACGACGCUUCGCUAUGAGGAACGCAUCACAGAGCUCCACAGCGUCAUUGCGGAGCUCAACAAGAAGAUAGACCGUCUGCAAGGCACCACCAUCAGGGAGGAAGAUGAGUACUCAGAACUGCGAUCAGAACUCAGCCAGAGCCAACACGAGGUCAACGAGGACUCUCGAAGCAUGGACCAAGACCAGACCUCUGUCUCUAUCCCCGAAAACCAGUCUACCAUGGUCACUGCUGACAUGGACAACUGCAGUGACCUGAACUCAGAACUGCAGAGGGUGCUGACAGGGCUGGAGAAUGUCGUCUGUGGCAGGAAGAAGAGCAGCUGCAGCCUCUCCGUGGCCGAGGUGGACAGGCACAUUGAGCAGCUCACCACGGCCAGCGAGCACUGUGACCUGGCGAUUAAGACAGUCGAGGAGAUUGAGGGGGUGCUUGGCCGGGACCUGUAUCCCAACCUGGCUGAAGAGAGGUCUCGGUGGGAGAAGGAGCUGGCUGGUCUGAGGGAAGAGAAUGAGAGCCUGACUGCCAUGCUGUGCAGCAAAGAGGAAGAACUGAACCGGACUAAGGCCACCAUGAAUGCCAUCCGGGAAGAGCGGGACCGGCUGCGGAGGAGGGUCAGAGAGCUUCAAACUCGACUACAGAGCGUGCAGGCCACAGGUCCCUCCAGCCCUGGCCGCCUCACUUCCACCAACCGCCCAAUUAACCCCAGCACUGGGGAGCUGAGCACAAGCAGCAGCAGCAAUGACAUUCCCAUCGCCAAGAUUGCUGAGAGGGUGAAGCUAUCAAAGACAAGGUCCGAAUCGUCAUCAUCUGAUCGGCCAGUCCUGGGCUCUGAAAUCAGUAGCAUAGGGGUAUCCAGCAGUGUGGCUGAACACCUGGCCCACUCACUUCAGGACUGUUCCAAUAUCCAAGAGAUUUUCCAAACACUCUACUCACAUGGAUCUGCCAUCUCAGAAAGCAAGAUUAGAGAGUUUGAGGUGGAAACAGAACGGCUGAAUAGCCGGAUUGAGCACCUCAAAUCCCAAAAUGACCUCCUGACCAUAACCCUGGAGGAAUGUAAAAGCAAUGCCGAGAGGAUGAGCAUGCUGGUGGGAAAAUACGAAUCCAAUGCCACGGCGCUGAGGCUGGCCUUGCAGUACAGUGAGCAGUGCAUCGAAGCCUACGAACUCCUCCUGGCGCUGGCGGAGAGCGAGCAGAGCCUUAUCCUGGGGCAGUUCCGAGCGGCGGGCGUGGGGUCGUCCCCUGGAGACCAGUCGGGGGAUGAAAACAUCACUCAGAUGCUCAAGCGAGCUCAUGACUGCCGGAAGACAGCUGAGAACGCUGCAAAGGCCCUGCUCAUGAAGCUGGAUGGCAGCUGUGGGGGCGCCUUUGCCGUGGCUGGCUGCAGCGUGCAGCCCUGGGAGAGCCUUUCCUCCAACAGCCACACCAGCACAACCAGCUCCACAGCCAGUAGCUGCGACACCGAGUUCACUAAAGAAGACGAGCAGAGGCUGAAGGAUUAUAUCCAGCAGCUCAAGAAUGACAGGGCUGCGGUCAAGCUGACCAUGCUGGAGCUGGAAAGCAUCCACAUCGAUCCUCUCAGCUAUGACGUCAAGCCCCGGGGAGACAGCCAGAGGCUGGACCUGGAAAACGCAGUGCUGAUGCAGGAGCUCAUGGCCAUGAAGGAGGAGAUGGCUGAGCUGAAGGCCCAGCUCUACCUACUGGAGAAAGAGAAGAAGGCCCUGGAGCUUAAGCUGAGCACGCGGGAGGCCCAGGAGCAGGCCUACCUGGUGCACAUUGAGCACCUGAAGUCCGAGGUGGAGGAGCAGAAGGAGCAGCGGAUGCGAUCCCUCAGCUCCACCAGCAGUGGCGGCAAAGACAAACCCAGCAAGGAGUGUGCUGAUGCUGCCUCCCCAGCUCUGUCCCUAGCUGAACUCAGGACAACGUGCAGCGAGAAUGAGCUGGCUGCGGAGUUCACCAACGCCCUUCGUCGAGAAAAGAAGUUGAAGGCCAGAGUUCAAGAGCUGGUGAGUGCCUUGGAGAGACUCACCAAGAGCAGUGAAAUCCGACAUCAGCAAUCCGCAGAGUUCGUGAAUGAUCUAAAGCGGGCCAACAGCAACCUGGUGGCUGCCUAUGAGAAAGCGAAGAAAAAGCAUCAAAACAAACUGAAGAAGUUAGAGUCGCAGAUGAUGGCCAUGGUGGAGAGACAUGAGACCCAAGUGAGGAUGCUCAAGCAAAGAAUAGCUCUGCUGGAGGAGGAGAACUCCAGACCACACACCAAUGAAACUUCGCUUUAAUCAGCACUCAUGCACCGGAGUUCUGCCCAUGGGAAGUAAACUGCAGCAGGCCACUGAGGACAGAAGGGCCCAUGUACUUGUUGGGAGGAGGAAGAAAGGGAAGGCUGGCAGGUAGGUCGGCACUUGGACAAUGGAGUGCCCCAACUCAGCCCUUGGGGUGAUUGGCCAUGGUGACACUGUGGACUGUAUCCAGAGGUGCUCACUCUUCCCUCCCGGGCCCACAACAGCGUGUAAACACAUGUUCUGUGCCUGCUCGGCACAACCUCAUUUCUACUUUCAGCACUCUCUCCCUCCUCUUCUAGUCUGGCGGCUGUGCAUCAGUGGGAUCCCAGGCAUUUGUUUCUGUAAGAUUCUCCAUCGUAUCCUCUUUUUGGAAGAUGGUGGGCUCAUCUUCUAGGAUCUUGUUUCUCCUCUUUCCUCCUGCUUCAUGGGAAAACAGACCUGUGUGUGCCUCCUGCAUUUAAAAGGACUGUUGAUUUGUUUACUACAGCAAGGCUUUGGUUUUCAAGUCCUGGGUCUCAACUUUAAGAUAGAGGCGGUCAUAAGAGGUGUUGUCUGGGAGUUAUAGGUCAUGGGAAGAGCGUAGACAGGUGUUAUUUACAGUCCCAGAUACACUAAAGUUACAAAAACAGACCACCACUAGGACUGUGCCUCAACAAUUUUGUAUGGACAGAAUAAAAACUUCCUUCAACCUUCAUUUUGGAGGCAGGGCUGGGAAGGGAGCGCUCUCUUGAUUCUGGGAUUUCUCCCUCUCAGUGGAGCCUUAUUAAUAUCUAAGACUCAGAGCUGAGAAUCUUUUUGAUACCUGUAGUGGAACUAAAAUUUUGUCAGGGGUUUCUUCAAGAGCUGAGAAACAUUAUUAGUACUUCCUGCCCCAGGGCACUACAUAAUUGCUGUUCUGCUGAAUCAAAUAUCUUCCACAUGGGUACAUUUGUAGCUCUGGACCUGUCUCUACCUAAGGACAUUAGAGAUACUGAACAUUUUGCAAAACUUAUGCCUACUUAAGAGUGCUGUGUAACCCCCAGUUCAAGACGUAGCUCCUGUUGUCAUGACGCGGACAGGGUGAGGGAAUGGUAGUUAAGGCUUUUUUGCCCCCAGAUACAUGGUGAUGGUUAGCAAUGGUGCUUAAGAGGUUAAAUUUCAAGCAAAAUGCUCACAGGGCUAGGCAGGACCAAAGUAACUGAAUUCUUUCAGGAAGGUCUUCUAUCUAUCUUAAAACAAAUUCAUUAUUCUUUUUCAGUUUUACCUCUUCUCUCUCAGUUCUACACUGAUACACUUGAAGGACCAUUUACUGUUUUUUUUCUGUAGCACCAGAGAAUCCAUCCAAAGUUUCCUAUGAAAAAUGUGUUCCAGUGCCACAGCUGACUACAAAUUGAAGUUGAUGAGGUUUCUGCA